AUGGAUCGCAGGCUCUGGCUAUACGGUACUCGGAUUGUACCGGCCGCUAGUCUGUUAGGCGUUGCUUUGCUGCUCGUUGUCUCGCUUUCAACACCCACUGGAACGACAAAGUCCUCAUGGACUUCUUCAUGCGCACAAGUCGUGUUGUGUCUUUACAUUUUCACCCUGCAUUUCCUCUCAGCUUUGUUUCCCAUUCGAGCGAUCCGAGGACUGAAUAACAUUAUGCGAAAUUUGACUGGGGAAUCUGGAACGUCGACGCGAGCCUUGUCGGCUACGGCGCGCAGCAUUCGCUUUCUGGUGAUCAUUCCGGCAUACAAGGAGGAUAUUGAGACGCUGGUUGCCACGCUGCAAGUUCUUGCGAGCCACCCGCAUGCGAAGGACUGGUACCAUGUGUGGCUGGCGAUGGAAGAGCGAGAGCCAGGGGCCGCAGUAAAGGCGACCAGGCUGGUUGAGAUGUCGAGUUCUUGCUUCCAUGGAAUGGACUUUUCGUGCCAUCCCGCAAACGUGCCCAAUGAGUUGGCCGGCAAGGGCAGCAACGUGAAUUGGGCCUUUGAGCAGUUCUGCAAACGAUUCUCUGGGGUGAUCAACCAAAAGACGGUCAUUGUUACCAUCAUGGACGCUGACACGCACCUAUCGGCUCGCUACUUUGGGCAAGUCGCGCAACACCAUUUGGCAAGCGUCGAUACCAGGGACGAAACCAUGUACGUCCCGCCGCUGGUGUUCGACCGCAAUCUGCACAACGUGCCGCUGCCGGUACGCACGGCAGACAUCAUGUGGGCUGGUGCAGGCAUCUCCAACAUGACGGCUGCGUCUUCAGGUGCGAAUGUGUGCAUUCCAACCUCGGUCUACUCCCUACCACUCGUGCUGGCCAAGAAAGUGGGAGGUUGGGACACCGAUUGCACCGCGAUCGGCGAGGACAUGCACAUGUUCCUGAAAUGCUUCUUCGCCCUUUCUGGGCAUUUGAAGACCCAAGUCGUGUAUGCAGCUGCAAGCCAGUGCAACGUCAGCAGCAACUCGACCGGAGUGGGCGGCGUCUUUCGUGGCCUCGAGGCACGGUACUCCCAAGCUCUGAGGCACAUGUGGGGCUCGCUGGACACUGGUUUUGCGAUUCGGCAGUUUGCUGAAUUGCUCACACAACGCCGCCGUGCCCGAUUCGACGCGCGAGUUGGUAAAGGCAUCUCCAGAUUCAAGUCACGCUCGCCUACGCACAACAACCGCGCAAAGGAGAGCCAGGGUCACCCGACGAUGCACAAGCUGAACAUGUUUAUUGUCUUCGAGAGGCUGUUCGAGGCACAUUUCCUGCCGACUCAUCUCGUUCUUGUGUUACUGACGGCGGAGUGGCAUACCUUCUUCCACCCCGAGUUCCCUUUGCCCGCCACAAUCAGGGCAACGCUUAACAUAUGUAGUCUGAGCCGUUGGCUCAGCUUCUUGCUUGUUCUCGCCUACUUUUACCGCUACGAUCAAUACCAUCGCCGAUGCGUCGAACUACGGAAGAAGGAGAUGCGAGUGGCGGGUCUGUUGCAUCAACUAGACGAGCACGACGGAUUCACGCCGACCUCGCUGCUUGGGGGCGGAUUGCUGGGCGCCGCUUUGUUUCCUGUUGGAGGAGUCUUGUUUGGAGCCUUACCGGCAUUACAAGCCGUCAUCUGUCACGUCUUCACCGAGCGGCUGAUGUACGUGGUCAGCCUCAAGCCGCGAUUUAAACAGUAG